AUGUCUGUUCAAGAUGGUGCUCGUUUUGACUUUAUCGUCGUUGGUGGCGGUACUGCAGGCAACAUAGUUGCCGCUCGGCUGGCUGAGAACCCCGCGGUUCGCGUUCUCGUUGUCGAGGCCGGUAUUGGCAGUUCUAAAGAUAAUGAAGAGAUCCGAACCCCCGGACUCGCUAUGGACCUUCGGGGAUCGCGACAUGACUGGGCCUUCAAAACAACUAUGGUCAAGCGUGAUGACUAUGAGCGUAUUGAGAAGCCCAACACCCGUGGUAAAGCCUUGGGUGGUAGCUCAUCGUUGAAUUACUUCUCCUGGGUUCCUGGCUCUAAGGGCACCUUUGACUUGUGGGAGAAGUAUGGUGGAAAGGAAUGGACCUGGAACCCGCUUGUCCACUACCUUCGCAAGAGUGUCACGUACCAUGAUGACGCCGGCUUGUACUCCCCUGAACUGAAGAAAAUUGGCUCUGGGGGCCCUAUUCCAAUUGCGCACGCCGAGCUGAUUCCUGAGAUGGAGGGCUUCCGUGAGUUACUCACAAAGGCCUGGAAGUCUACUGGAGAGCCCGUCACCGAGAAUAUCUUUGACGGUGAAAUGCGUGGUCUUGUGCAUAGUGUUAACACUAUAUAUAAGGGUCGCCGCUCUGGCAGUUUCCUAGCGCUUGAUGGGAAGCCGAAUAUCACCGUUGUGCCCGAGGUCUUCUCUAAGUCUCUUAUCAUUGAUAAUGCCGACAAGACUGCUCGGGGUAUUACUGUGAUUACCUCUUCUGGCCAAGAGCUGAACUUCUAUGCUGAGCGCGAAGUGAUUGUGUCCCAAGGCGUGUUCGAGACCCCCAAGCUUCUUAUGUUAAGUGGCAUUGGGCCGGCUCAAGAAUUAAGCAAGCAUAACAUUCCUGUUAUUGUCGAUUCUCCUCAUGUCGGCCAACACCUACUUGACCACCCAGGUGUUCCAUUCGUCCUCCGUCUUAAGGAUGAAUUCUCAAUGGACAGCCAUAUCUUGCGUAAGGGUCCCCUGCAAGAUAAGGUCCUAGCCACCUACUCGAAGGGUCAUACCGGUCCUAUGGCCUCUCCCUUCCUUGAAAUGAUUGGUUUCCCUCGAAUUGACAAAUACCUCGAAACGUCGCCGGAAUAUCGCCAGGCUAAGGCUGCCAACAACAAUCUUGACCCAUUCUGUCCUCAGGGUCAGCCUCAUUUCGAGCUUGACUUCAUCCCUCUAUUUGGUAGUGCGUUCCAGUGGCACUUCCCCCACCCCCGAAAGGGUAGCUACAUGACUGUCAUGGUUGACCUCGUUCGACCCGUCUCCGAGGGAGGAGAAGUGACACUCAACAGCGCUGAUCCUCUUGCGCAAGCCAAUAUCAACCUGAAUUAUUUCAGCAAUGACCUUGACAUCAUCGCUAUUCGAGAGGGCAUCCGAUUUGCCUACGAUGUCCUGAAGAACGGAGAAGGAUUUAAGGAUAUCGUUAUGGAGGAGUAUCCCUGGGACAUGCCACUGGAUGAUGAUGAGGCCAUGAAGAGAACCGUUCUCGAUCGCUCUCAGACUUCCUUCCACCCUUGUGGUACAGCCCGUCUGUCCAAGGAUAUCCAACAAGGCGUCGUUGAUGCCGGUCUCAAAGUGCAUGGCAUUCGCAACCUCCGUGUUAUUGAUGCUUCCGUCAUCCCGGAGAUUCCGGAUUGCCGUAUCCAGAACUCCGUGUAUAUGGUCGCUGAAAAGGGGUCUGAUGCCAUCAAGAGUGACCACCAGGAUCUUUACCGGUAA